AUGUCGAAUAGUGCUGCGUCUGCUGAUUCGGCUGUUAUGCAAGAACAGCUCGUUGUCUUAAAGAGCUUAAAACAAAAAACGCAGGAAUUAGUUGACUUCAAGGCCACGUUACUGCAAAAGACAGAGUUACUGGACCAUAAGCAAAAUUUACUGGAAGAAAUUGUCGCCGAGCGUCAACGGUUGCAGAAAGAACGAAAAGUAUUGCUUGAUAUGUUGCAAGCUGUACAACGAGAUGUGGACACCGUAAAGGAAGCGGAGCAGUCCUUGGGACGAGAACGUGAUGAAUUACAGUUAACGGUGAACAAAAUCCGCAAUGAACAAUAUGAGACUUUGCACGGUACGGACGACAAAUAUGCUGCAUUCAGGAAACUUGUAGUGACGUUGGAUGAUUUAGAUGAAGUGAAUGAACUGCGGCUGAGAUGCGGAUUGCCGAAAAUACCCCAUAUACAGCAAGAAUUGGAAGCACACAUGGCUAGGUAA